UACAGUCCGGUUACCUACUUAGGGGACAAGCACCAUCACCCCAUAGGUGCCGUGUCUAACUCAAUAGGAGGACAUCCCAGUCGCAGUUGGCGCCUGACCAUUGGCGCCGCUGAGCCUUGUCUCCAAGACUCCAUUUUGGAAAGCUCAUACUGCCUGACUCGUCCGUCCUUUUGAGUGGAAGUAGCAGCGGUGCUUGGGCUGCGCCAGGUUUACGCGGGCCUUGUCACCAGUGCUGGCAGCCAUGAGGACGGCGGCAUUGCUCGUCGUCCUGGCUGUCGGCAUUAGCCACGCCUUGGCGGACGGCUGGGAGCUUUCGGGGGCAGCAAGGCAGCUGCAGCAGUCCAGCGUCACCGGAACGGCGGUUUUCCCUUACCACAGCUGCACCAAGAGGGCAUCAAGCGGCAGCCCUUGCUACUUUGGCUUCCCCACCUCCCGGGCUAUUAACUCCACCGUCUCGGAGUUUUGCUUCACUGCUCAGUGCCCAGGCUGCUCUGGUGGCAGCAACACGUGUUGCAGCCUUCUGACGGCCAACAUUCACAAGAUUGUCUUCAACAUCCGGUACGGCUGCCGUCCGGCACUGAAGAGCUUCUUCCAGCCCGUGUCGUACAAUGGAGCUCCCAUUGCCUCGGACCUCUACAUUGACGAUGUCAACAACAACUCCACCAUGAUUCGCUGGAGCAAUGUUGACAUCACGUCCAGCGACCUCAACGGCGACCGCAUCUGCAUCAAGGCGGCUUCCCCUUGCAACUCGAUCAGCUCGCUGUUUGUGACUAACAGCGAUGGCUUCCCCAUGGUUGCGUUGCUGGACUCGACGGAUGGCGGCAGUGGCUGCUGCCCCAGCCGCUACCCCGACCUGCCGCCGCCGCCACCUCCUCCCAGCCCGCCUCCCCCCAGCCCCCCUCCUCCAUGCACCCACUUCUGCUUCACCUGGCACCGUACCAACGGCCCUGCUGACACUGCCGCAUGCGACCUGCUGGCUUCCCAGCUCACUGCCAUGAACACCCAGUACGGCAGCUACAAGCUGCUUGGAUCUGGAUUCACCUGCUCGGCUGUUGACGCAACUGCCCGCAACGUCACCGCCUGCGCUGACUUCGCAGCUGAGGCCGAUGCCACUGCCUUUGGCAACAUGUUCGGCAGUGGCGACGCGAAGACCUCCGGCGUUUCUGGAUUCGAGCUCCUGUCUGUGUCCCUGGGCUGGACCACCACCUACACGCAGGGCAGCAACGGCCAGCCGGUUUGCGAUCAGGCAGGCUUCUAUGUCGUCCUCACCACCAAGCUGACGGGCGUCCAGUGCCAGUCGUGGUCUUACACGCAGGGCUGCGCUCCUGUCCAGACCAACGAGUUCCCCUUCUGCGUGUGCGACCCCGGUGUGCCACGCAAGACGCCCUACGCCAUCCAGUACAAGCGCACCUACAGCAAGUCUGGCAGCAACUACUAUUGCUUCCAGAUUCGCGUCAACCAGACGCAGUGCAAGGGGUCUCGGUGCUGCAGCAUGGACCUGGACAAGAUCGAGUGGCUGUCGGAUGGGACCAACUGCCUGUCCGCGGUCAACGGAUUCACUGUCAGCACCAACCCGGGCGUUGUCAAGGCGCCAGUCUGGACUCGUGCUACGGACAACAGCUUCACGCCUGCGCAGACGUUUGGUGUCUUCAAGACCAACAACCUCGCUCUCAACCUGGCCAACGCAGACGGCGCCGAGGUUUGCAUUCUGCUCAAGUCCAGCGGCAGCUGCCCCAAGCUGGAGAACUUCUGCUACCAGGGUAGCACCAUGGGCUGCCAGUACGCCAUCUUUGACCUGAGCGCGGGAUGCUGCGCUGAGGACUUCUCCAUGAGCCAGUACGGGACCUUCAGCCGCCGUCGUUUCCAGCGCCUCUAAACGCUUGGAUGAAGAUUUCUGACUUGUCACUGUUGGGGCGCUGAGACGCGCUUCGAAGCGAUAUGUCAGGGCUGUUAUUUCGGCCAUACUUGCAGGUCGUUGCACGCAUUUGUGCGUUUUGUGUGAAGAUGUGUAGUCCUUUUUGAUUGGGUAUGCGAAUUGUGUUGUGCAGCGAGCAGCCGCGAGCGUGAAGAUCGAGCAGCCGGAUGAAUCCGACCUGGCGCGCACUCACAACAAAUUGUGAUCUUGAGUACAAGUUGCAUCUCGUUGCUGUGCAGUUCUGUGUUGGGCGCGACGCUAAGUGUUGGCAAGCGUGACACAUAAAGGCCAACCAACGAAUGCUUCAGUAUGCUUUGAUGCCGACAGCUCCGGAGCUGCCUUUGUGAUCUCUUGCGUUGUAGUGCAUAUGUAUAUGCAGCACACAUCGAUCUUAGCCGACCGGGCAAGGCCCCAACUGUGACUUAUCCUGCAUACGUUUGCUCUACGCCCUCACUCGCUGAUGAUAAGGGAACUAGUUAUCUUUCGUGGAGUGUUUCGUUGGGCUACCGGACGACUAACAUGUUGUAACCCUUCAGUUCAUCAAACGGGUACCUAAAUUCAGUAAACUCUCCUUGCAGUGCAACCAAUCCAUCCUCGCGUGUUUCGACUAGUGCCGGUGUCCCAGGUGCAUCGUGUACUGAGGUUAUCUGUUACGACGAUCGGGGACGUGACACGAAG